AUGGUGGCACAUCACGAGGAUACAAAGACAAUUCUCGUCACGUGGCUUUUCAUUUUUGCCGUUAUCAUGAUGAUCAUUACCUGCCUUUGCCUGCGGUUGAUCUUUCAGACCAUGAUUGACAGGAACUUCUGCAAUUUGCGCACAAUAAUGGCUAAUAGCAGGUGGGGAGAGAAAUGAAAAGAAAAACAAAAAAAUGUAAAAAAACAUAAGAAAAAAACGGCCUUCAGUUGCUUCUUACCGUAACAAAAAAACACAAAAAAAUUGGUCGAGCAUGUCGAAAAAAAUGAAACUUCUUUUUUUACUUCGGCUUUUUCGAAAGUUAUCGGAAAUCAAUACCGUACUGAAGAAAUUUUAAAUGAUAUUUUGGGCAGUUUGAUUGAUAGCUGGAAAAAAUUAAAGAAUUCUGGAAAAAAAUUUUGAUACCCUGAAGCUUCUCUCUCAACCUAUGAAAUUUCAGUUUUUUUUUGAAAUACAAUUUUAGAUGACAAGAAAACUAAUACCUUUGCAGUUAAGAGCGUCGCCAAAAUGUUGAGGAAACGGUUCUUCGGAAAAUAAAUUAGUCAAAAAGAAAUUUGAGAAAAUUUUGAAAUAUUUUACAGUAACAGAAGGUUGAAAAGACUUUUCCUUAUAAGGUUAAAAAAGCAAUACGGUCAAGCCCUGACAUGAUUUUGCAUAAGUUGGCAAACGAGGGUAGUGUUUAAAAUUUCUCAAUGUGUUUUGUUUCGAAGUAGACUUUUUAGUUCAUAAAAAUUCUAGAUAGGGUAUUUUGAGAAAUGCACUGCUUGUUUUCUUUUUUGAACUUCCAUUAAGAGAAAACUUCAAGUUUAUUCUAUCUCAAAGACACGUGUUAUAGUUUGAAACAAUCCUUGUUCCGAUGAACCUCUGCAGCACCAAAAAAAACCUUCCCCCGCUGAUUUGCAAAAUGAUAACCUCGUGAAACAACCUUAGCGAAAAACUCGGGGCAAAGUUCAUAUGUUUGUCCAGCUGUCACAAAAAAUUCCUGCACUAGACUUUAUUUAUCUAGCAAAAAAUGAAUUUUUUUUCAGGAUUUUCCAAUCGAAAGUCGAGAGGAAAGAAUGUCAGAAGCUUGCCAACUUGUUGGAUUCGGCGUUUAAGGUGAGGUGCUCAACAAAAACGGAAUAGAAAGAAAGAAAGAGUUUGUCAUGAAGCAAAAGAAGCAAAAAUCACCGGAAGGGGGUUUUGAAAAAAACAAGGCGUUGGUUUAAAAAAAUGUGCACAGAUAAUCUCCAAUUGUUUAAAAAAAACAGUUAGGUCAUAAAACAACUAUAAUUUGUCUUUCAGGGCCAGAAUAUUAAUCGGAUAGCUCCUUUGCAGCCUCGUUUCGUUUGUGCGACAAUGAGUACCGCUGGAAUUAUUGGUAAUUUUUUGGAAGCUCACGAAUUUUCAGUUUCGAUGAUAUUUUAGAGAUGGACGAGCCUUUUAAAACUCAAACAAGCAAUGCGAUUCAUUGGCCGCUUUUCCAUGUCGCCAUCGAUGGGAAGGUAUUUUUCAACUUGAUUACUUAUACUUCAAAUUUGACAUGAAAAAUCUCACUUUGAGGCUGAUAAAUCGCAAAAGUGUGGCCUUCCGAAGUAGAACUUUUUGGAACUUUGCAAAGAAUCUCUUCACAUUUUUUGCUAAUAUUGAGUCGAGUGGUUUCGUUCAAACUAUAUUUCAGCCUCGAAUUAAUCAAACUUAUAUUUGAAAGUUAAAACGCUUUGUGUCCUUUUUCCCACAGUUUGAAUUCAAGACUAUUUUUUGCUCGUUUUGAAGACCAAACACUUUGUACUACCAAAUUCGCACAAAGAAUCGUUUCGGUUAAAGAAAAAAAAACCAUCCUCCACCUAACCAUUCUUUGAUGUCUUUGUGGCCGGACAAAAACAAAUUUUGAGAUUUUAUUUUGAUUCUUUUUCAAUUGCUCUUACGGAGAAGGCAGAUCGUAAACUCGGUAACAGUGGAGUUAAGGAUGUCGAGAAAUAGUUUGAGCUCUUCAAGUUUUUGCAAUCAAAGUGUACUUUUUUGCAGCGGAUCCUGUAUUAGGUUGUAAAGUUUCAAAUUUUGCUGAAUAUCCUAAUUUUGACAAAAAAGCGCUAUUUUAAGCUUAUGAAGCGUUUAAACGAAAAAAAUCGAUCUAAGGCAAAAAUUUUUUAUUUUGAGAAUCAGGUGGUCUUGAAGUAAACUUCAGUAAAAGGUCUUGAAGUAAACUUCAGUAAAAUUUCCUCGGAUUUUACCCGCAGGAAAAAAAGUUUUCUAGUCAGAAUGAAUUCAGUUUUGAUGGUUAUCCUCAUAAAAUCAUACGAAGAAAUCUUUUUCUGAAAUGAGAGGUGAGGUUGGGUCCUUCUGAGCAUCUAGAAAGCUUUUCGAAAAGUUUUUCCUCUACCAAAAAAAUCCAAGUUUGGUUACGAAACGCAAUUUCUCAAUGUAAAAGAGAAAUCUAUUGCAGAUCAUUUACGACCGAUAACAUGAGAACUGGAAAAAAAAGGGAUUCCCAAAAACAACUUUUUUUCGUCCUACUGUAUUUGCUGGGAAAGUUCGGCCUUACCUGAUCCAUUUCCUUUGUGGCUUGUUUUCCUUCUGAGAACACUUCUUUGUUAGCAAACGCAAGUACAUACAGGACGCGGAAACCUUCUCCCCAUGACGCGUGUUUUGCUCGCCGCCUUGUCCAAAUGUUUUGCUGACCCCAAUUCUCGAGAAAAAUCGCUCCGUUCUUGACAGAAUGGCCAAAAAAACAGGUGAAAUAGGAGAUGAAAGGAACGUCCGCGCGGGCCGACGGUAAACACUGGCAAAGUUGGUCCGACCAACUUUUGAACCUUUUCCUAGAGGUUCUCAGAAGCAGAAUAAUUUUGCUUCUAUCCAAAAGCCAGCCAGAUGACAGUGCUUCGAUGAGGUCAAAGAAGAGAAUUAGCUUAAUCAUUCCAUUUUUUUUAAGAUUACUAGUAGGCAUUCCUACAAAAGCUCCUGUUCACGCUCAUUUUGAAGAAGGUUUCGGUUAAGUCACUUUCAAAAUAUUUUCUUCUCGUCAAACGGUCAGCUGAAACUGGAAAGUUUCUGGUAACCACGUCAUUUAAAACUCGUUCUGAACUUUUUCGGGAAAAAAAUAAUUUUAUAAACUGACCAGAUGAUUGAAAAUUGACGUCAAGUGUAAGAAAUAGAAACGUAUUCAAGAACUUUUUGGGAAGUUCAUUCCGAUAUUUUCGAUGAAAAUGGGUGAAUUGGUAGCCCACGGAUUUUACGGGUAGGCUUGAAGCAUACAAAGAUAUCGUGAAUAUUCUAAAUCCAAUUCCCUAAAGCCUCUACAGUCGGUCUUAAAAAGCUAGAAACGACAAAGUCAGAGGAAGCUUUUUCAUUUGUAUAAACCCCGUAUGGCUUCAGUCUUACAGAAAAGAUCAAGUUUGGAAACACUUACUGUUUGUUAGAGAACAGUUAGAAAGAGAUCCAUCGUAACUAUAAAUUAUUCCGAUUUUUCUAAAAUCAAAAUUCCCGGUACAUAAAUUGAAAAAAUCCUCCAAAACCAGCCGUUUCUGAGGGAAGACUCUGUAUGAAGAACCUGAAACAUUGCCCGAAACCCAAAGCUGAGUCACGUUCUCGAAGGAGAUCACCGAUCACAGAUCUAUUAUAUCAAAAUGAUGAUCUGUUGACUAUUCGAAAGUUUGAGAUCUGAAUCUGGGUCGUCUUGGGAACGUCUGGCGCGUGAACCCGGAGGCCAAAUGACAUCAUCCAGACAAAAAUGACCCGCAGAUGACCACGCGGCUGUUUUGUCCACGUUGUUUUCUUUCCUUUUCUUCCGUUCAACGGCGUAUUUUCCGAUCGCCCACGUAUUUCUACGGUAUUCCGCUGGCGCAAACAUAUAAAAGCGGCUCAGUCAGCCGCUGGAAAGCACUAUAUUUUUGCCCUUUUGUUGACCCUUACAGUGUUUUCCUCUAGAACUGUUAUCGGCUCUGAAUACUUUCUCAGCAACUAUUUUGAAAAUCUGAUAAAAAUUACGUUUCUAAUACCUCUUAAGGAAACCUGUACGACAAAAAACUGCUGAAAAGUUUGUUUCUUUCAUGUUUCAUAAAAAACCUUUCUCAAUCUCAGAAAACUUUUCAGAGUAGAUUUUAUUCAAUCUUUAAAAGUUCACAGAUUAUUUGAUUCUCAAACUCUACGUUUUAAAAAGUGCGUGAUUUCAUUGUUGAGGUUUUUUUUUCUUCUAACUUCAAUCGUCACCAAGAAUGCUUCACUAUAAUCGUAACUCCUUUAUUUACAUAGACGAAGUGCCACUACAAAUUUUACAGAAAAUGUACCUUUCAGAAAGUCUCAUAAGUCACAAGGCUAGUUUAGAGUUCUGUACUACAAUCGUAUAUUUUUCUCUUCUUUAUAGCAUUCCCAAGUCAAACCAAGAAGUCAUAAUUCAAAAUUUUAUUUGAAGCUCUAGAAAUCAAACUACAAAUUGAAGCCAUUCUGUUUCUGGAAUACCUUUUCUUGAGUGAAAAAUUGGAUAGUAAGAAAACCACACUGAAGUCAACUCUCGUAUCAAUUUUUUCAUCAAUUUGAACCGCAGGGCAACCGCAUCGAGCUUUGAGAAUCAACUAUACAUCCCAAAAAACUUCUGUUUCUAAAAAAAUUCUGAAACCUUUAACUUUUGAAUAAUUCAAGACUACAUUUGUACACUUGCGUGGGAAAACUUGGAUGUUUUCAAGACGAGGAGGAAGUUCUUUUCCUGAAUUAAUUCCAUUUCUGGGAGGGCUUUGAGUGUUUUCCUGAACCUUCUUAUGCAGAGUUCUUCCCCAGUGCACAUCGAGGAUGCGAUUUCCUAAUAAAGCGCGCAUCUAUUCAGCCCCACUCUCAUUAAUUCCCAUGCCAUUCGCACCGCGGGCAGAAGCAGCGGAAAAUGGAAGGAAAAAAAAACUGGAGCAAUAGAAAAAAAAUAAUUUUCUCAUUCGUUUGAAUUUCAGAUAGCGGAGCACGGCGCUCUCGUCGCAUCCGACGUUCCGAAAUACGACACGUUGCCAGGUAUUUAUUUUCUUUCUCUGCUUCUUCUUUCUCUUUUUUUUUUCGAGCUUGUUUGCUCUGAGGGUAAAACUAACGUUAAAUAAUUGGCUCUGAUUUUAUUAUAGCCUCCGGUUUUUCAGAGAUUGAAAUCGCUCACUUCAAAGCUAAAAAGCGGAAUAGACGAGUAAAAGGCAAUUUUUGAGUUCAUAUGCUCAACAAAAUAUCUCUCUCCAUCCAAAGACACACACAGUAAUAUCAAAGAAAAAAACCACAUUUUCCGUUUAUAUUUCUCGAAACUUUAUUUGGAACAUGGCGUCUGCGCCUUCAAAUUGAGGUUUAUUUUUGACUCGAUUCCAAAAAAAAAGUUCACAUUGUUGAAUAGUUCCCGAUUUCCACGGAAGUUAAAGUCAGAAAGGCGUGGCUUUCUGUUGUAAUUGACAUUAAAUAUAAGAAAUUUUACUGGAGUGCCUUGCCAGAUCCUUGAAACUAAAAAAAUCCUUUCAUUUUGCUGACCGUUUUUUUGCUGUUCUAAAAAUGUUUCUGUUUGAAUUAUCAAAAACUGAUUAGUUUUUAGUUAUUCCUAGCUAUCACUGGAAAAAAUUUUUUUGUAAUAACUCAGACUUGAUCAAUUUUGAGAAUAGUAUCAAAAAUUUUUCCGAUAAAAAAAUAAACUUGUCGAAAAAAACCGAUGAAAAGGACUAUAAAACAAAAUUGCUGAGGGUUACUUAACACGUUGCCAAAUAUUUUCUUCCUCCGUUUUUUUUGCUCAUUUUUUUCGAGCAUGUUUGCUCUGAGGGUGGCGGCUGUCGUCGGAGCCUUGGGAAAGGCGCAAAAAACAUAAAUAGCGAAAAGUGGGCGUGGCUUGACCGUUGAACCUUCAGACGAUUUGUUUCCAACGGCGUGCGCCGCCCCCCGCGCGCCUGGGUUUACGUGUCCCGCCUCUUUACUUGUUCCUCUUUGUGCUCAUAAGCGCCGUUCGUACAAAAGCGACUGGCAGCUCCGAUUUGUACUCCGGCUUUUUCUUCAAAUCUCUGUUUACUUUUUGAAAACUUUGGGUGGUUUUCUUAAGUUUAGGUUUCAAUAAUCUUUUCUCAAAAUCGAAAACUCCACGAUUGUUCUGUUGUAUUCUGUCUCAUAGAAAGCAAACUCAAGUUCUUCCUCAAGUUUGAUUCUCAAAACCCCCAUUCAGAGGUUUGUAAUUGAAAGACACUCUCAUAUGGAUUCAUUUAAAUAUUUUUGAACUGACAUAAAAAGAUUUUUUUUAAUUUAUUAAAUUUGUUUUUGAUCUUAAAACUUUGUCUCAAAGACUUUUUUUUUGAUACCUUAGCGUUCACAGAGACUCAUGAAAAUUUAUCAACGCUCUUGUAAAAUGAGUUCAAAUUAAAAAGUCAUCUCAAAAAAUCGAACAGUUAUAACGUUCCUCAAAUGGAGCGUCUUCUUUUUGAAGAUCAUUUCCAAGAAGCCCAAACUUAAAUUUUUGUGAAGAAAAUGAAUUUUUGAAAGUUUUCGUGGAACAUAAAAGAACAGGAGCUUCCAUUGGCGCUUUGAAAAACUUACUAGUCUCUCAAAAACUCAUUAUUCAUUGAAAAAAGAUGAUAUCUAAGAGAAAUUCGUCUCUAUAAUCAUUAUGAUAGGACUUCGGAAAAAUUUUGAACCCAUUUUUUCGUUGCACUGUUCCUUUCCUUUUUUGAAUCUCUUUUCUGUUUUCAACUGACAAUUUCUUAUCAGAAAAAAAACAUAGUCUUGUCCUUUUUUACGACGCCUCCAUGUCUAUCGAGAGUACAAUAUUUUGCAAUCCUGAUAAUCUUCGUUUUCCGAUCCCUUCCUCCAUAUUUUCAAUAUUGUUGAAAAAGCUAGAAUAAGUCGAAUUAUCGAGGAGCUAAUCUCAGGCACGGCUCAGCUUUUAAUGGAGUGUGAGUCGACUAUAAGAACACCUAGCGUCAUCUGAGAGCUGAAAAAAAAAGCUCAUCGGAAGAGUUUUUCUAUGAAACUUUUGAAAAAAGGGAGAAUUUCCAGAAUUCUGAAAAAUGCCUUAAAAAAAUCAACAAAUAUUUUAGAGCGACUUUCCAAAAUAUUCAAUUUUUGAGGUAAAUAUUUUUGCUGGAGCGCUUGAAAAAGGAUGAACUCGACGGGAUUCUGUCGAAAGUGUUUAGGAACUGUUUAGAUUGCGAACUUUUUCCGCCGCCGCUAUUUCAGUCUUUAAGAGCUCAGAAGUAUGCGGAGAGCCCCGCCUUGCGCCAACUUUUGACGGAAAAAACCUUUCCGGCCUUCGGAACGCUUUUCUGUCUCUGACCUUCACGUGUUGCAUUCCUCCUCCUACCUUCUCUCCAAAUUAAGAAUACCUAUCUUAUUAUACCUUUUUUCGAGAAACCCAUAAAAACAAAAGCAAAAGACAAUGGGCGUUUGGUUUGAAGUGAUAACCUUAAAUGGCUUAUCACGACCCUUUAAAUUUGGCGUCUUAUCAGUUUGGCUGGCGCAUCGUCUUUUUGCAACAAAAUUUUUGUUGACUUUUUUUUAUAAUCCUUUCUGCCCACGUCAGACAGUUUUCGAAGGUCAUGUCGCAAAAAGGGAUGGAGGUCAGAAAAGAAAUUAAAAUUGAGAAAUUGAGACUUUCUGUAAUUUUUUAAAUUUAGACUUAAGAAAACCUCUUAAAUUAAUGUCUUUAUAAACUUUUUUUUUGUUCUCUCUUAUUUUCUAAAAACAAAAACUCUUUUUAUUUUCAGCUCCACGUGAAUCGGCGUAUCCAAAUAUUGGAUUUGAUACUUUCAAUAAAUCUUACUGAUUUUCCGCGCUUAGUUCAAAAUAGUUGCAGUUGAAGCUUUUUGAAAUUUUUCCCAUUAUCAGGCAAGGACUCUUAAAUAUUUCCCUUACACAACUUCCAAAAAAAAAAUCGUAUUCAAAUUUUCAGUUACUGCGAAGACUCUGAAAAGCGGCUCAGGAAGUGAGAAAAUUGGAAGUUCUAAAAAUUUUAUCUGAUGUAUCUAAGAGAGCUUCAGCAGUUUCGAGAGAAAUUCAAGACUUGAGGUCAAGAAUCUCCCUUGUGAGAGCUCCCAAAACUUGGAGUGUAGUCUCCGAAAACACUUCAAAGGAGCAUUCAAAUGUUCUUCCUCACCGUAACCACAUGGCAAAUGAUCCGAAUUGAUGGAACCGACAAAUUCUGAGUGCUUUGGUGCGUGAGAGAAAAGACGGUCAUUUCGAAGGGAAUAAUGGGCUGAAAGCCCUAAAGCGGUGGGUCUCUCGGUUUCGGAGAGCUUGUUGACGGCCGUGCACUUUCUAUUUGUUUCGCUAGACGCGGAAAGACUGACGAAUAGAGUAUUCUGGCAAUGUGCCAGCUCCAAAAAUAUGGGAAAAAAGGGCUAGAAAAACGACCAAAACACGUCGGAGGCGAAUGGGCUCCGCUUUUUUCGCGCAUCUCCUUCGCGCAAAGCCAGGAAGAAAAGUCGUUUCGAGUAAAUGCUUUGUUGGUUUGGGCUGUUGUUGUUGUUGUCGCAUCAAAUAUGCUCCGGGGCUCGAGAAUCGUUUUCGGAUUCGGAAUUCAGGAUGGAUAGAAAAGAACAGCCCAAAAACUUUGAGCAAAGAAAUUUAGUUGUUUGAAAGAAACUAAAAUCAAAUUUUUAAGUUUCGAAAUUCAUUUUUUUUUUCCUUCAUCAUUAUUUUCAUAUUCUUAGGUACCCUGAAAAUAGAAUAUUAGAAAAGGAAUGAAAUUAAACUUUUUUUCCCUCUGAACUUGUCAGUGACAGUCAAACCUGCACUUAAAGAUUCUCAAAAAAACUCUAUUUUGGGAUAUUUAAUCUCUCUCCGCCCCCGUCGGAGGAGUUUUUCUGAGAAAAAUUUUUUUCAGUAUAAAGGUUAUCUGAAAACUCAUCAGCCUACAUUUUUCAACCGGUGCUCAUUUAUUCUUCAAAUUGAGAGUUUCAUUUAUCAUGAUCCAAAACAAGCUUGUUGUCCCAAUUUUUUGAUUAUGGGAACUUUGAAAGAAGAGACCUCGUGGAAUAUUUGGUUCUUUGCGGUUUUUGAAAGUUGUACCGAACUGACACAGUAAUUUUUCAUCUUAAAAUCAAGUUUUCGCCUCAAAAAACCUGAAGUUUGAAGACCAUGUUUUCUGCUCGCUUAACUGUUCUCCGAUAUUCUGCCAACCCUCGCUCGUUAAAGUAGAACAACUGAUUCUCCCGACAAAACCUAAAGAUAAGAACUGUUUUCACCUAUUAGCUGUGCUGUAACUGAUUUCGAGAGUUCCAUGGAGAAAGAUAAGAAAUCAGAUUAGGACGAAAUUUUGGUGGUUCAGCCCCUUCCUCUAAUUCGGUUCUUUGUCGUCUGCCAACCCGCGGUCAUUUUUCUUUUUCCGUCGACUUUCAACACGAACACGAAGGCAGUAUUUCAGGAAUUCCUUGCCAACACACUUGUCAACCAGAAAUGCUCACCACCGAAGUUCUGCGUAACGCGAUUCAGCCACUCAGCGUCAACACUUCUCUCAACUCGAGGAACGAUGUGAGUCCUUCUUCUGCUCCAGAACUUAUGUACGUGGUGAAAAAAAUUAGGAGGCAAUUCUGAUGAGUUUGCCAAAUUUUUUUAGUAUUUCUUUAUAAUUAAAACGAAUUUAGACGAAAAAAAGCAAAUGUGUCAGAUUGAAGUCUUUCACAAAAACUCCAUGACCGUAAGGUUUUCUUUAACUCCUAGCAUCAUGACAGUGUGGAUAAGUCAUUAGAAUUUUGAAAAAUUUAUGCUCCGAUAAACCUGAUUUUUUUUUGGAUCAACUUUAACAACUUGGUUGAAAGUAAAAGACGUCAAAAAUGUCAAAAAUAGUUGAAAAACAAGAUUUACUGCAGUCUAAGCUUGAUGUAUAGCGCAAGUCACAGUAGGUCGGACGCGUUCAAAAAAUGAUAUCUACCAGUAGGCUGCUACUUUUUGCAAUAACUUCUCUGAGACGGAAGAAUUUGAAAGAGUUGUGAAUAGGUUUCCAAAGUUCCAAAAAAAAGGUUAAAAAUUCAAGGCCUUGACACUAAUCUGUGCUCCAAUGCAGAAUUUUCGAAAUUUUGUGGAAUUACCAUCACAAAAAAAAAAGAAGAAACGCCAUUUUCGGAAGUAGAUAUGGGGUUUUUUCCGAGACGAGAUGAGAUUAGACUUGGAAACACAAUGUGCCGCAAAGUGGUCGGCCAUGCCUCAUUAGGUUCAGUUUCCGAUGCUCUUUGUGUUUCUAUCUUUCGUUUUUUCCUCCCUUCUCUUCUUUUUGUGUCGUUUUUGCCCACAUCAGCUGACCUUGUUUCGCAACUUUACAACGUCGCUAUCUUUGAGGGAAAAACCCGAGACACGCGCCAAAUGAUCUGAUGGUCCAUUGCCAAUUUUUUAUCUGCAUGGGAGAGAAAAAAUAAAUACUUCGAGAGACCAUGUGGCCAGGGGUUUCUCUUCAAAAUACCACCGCUUUCAAAAAUUGACUCAGAACUCUGAAAAAAAAUCUGUUGGAAAUUUUCGAGAUUACUAAGAGUUUAGACAUCUUUCAAACAGAAAGGAAAAAAAUUGAGACCACUAAAAUUCUAGUGAGCAAAACUCAGAUAAGAAUGAAUGAUUCGGAGCCGUCAAGUUUUAAUUUGGGCUAGAGUACAGUAGAGCCAUUUUUCUUUGAACUAUUGACUACCGUAUAAAGCUCUUUUCUCUGAAAAAAACUAAUCAUGUCAUUGUUCUCCAUGAUCGGAAGCCAUAUAAUAGAAUGACGGCAAAAAAGCUAUCAGAUUUGCCUACGCUUAGAAUUGUACUUGCAAAUAAAGACAUGUAAUAAAAGUUUCUAUUUUAGUCGCCGAAUGGGUGCGGAUCGUCUUUCUCGUCAUACCACAACAUGUCCAUGUCAUCUCCAGGUAAAAAUACCACGCACAUAUUUUUUUAAAUUUUUUCAUCAUUGAAAAAGAUCCGCUUCUCCAUGUCUAUCGCCGCAAUUGCAUUGAAGCGUUCAAAGCCAUGAAAAAAGAGCUAAAUUGCACAUGCUUCCGCUUGAAAGGGCGCCAUUCAAUUGCUCAUGACGAUUUCUGAAAGCCCUUUUUUGUUGCGUUCCCUUCUCUCUAGGCGAAGAAGACUCAGGGGUUAUCCGAUAGAUUCACAAUAGCGAUGACGCCACUAAAAGGCUGACUGAAGGAUUUUUGAAACGAGCGGAACACACUUUCUCAAGUUUCAGUGCGUUCUGGUGGGCGAUAUGGGCGUUGCGAAACCAAAAAUCCAGCCGGAAAUGAUCCUAAUAGAGUCUUUUUGAAAUAAAACUUGCUGGAAAGGCCUGUUUUUUUGAUCAAAAAAAGGAAGUUUCUGUGUCUGGCAAAUCAUCAGCUUCAAAAAAAUAAGCUUGAUCAGAAGAUCUGAAUUCGCGGAGUCUUUGGCUUAUUGGAGCCUACUGUUCAAAAAUAAAAUAAAAACCAGACAUUUGUCUUCCCACGGCGCUUGUAGAUUUACUACUAUUAAGAAAAAAUGUUCCCAGAAACUUUUUGAUUUUCCUUCCAAAAUUCAAUUUUUCAGUGAACCAUGUGCCUUACGACCGGCCACUUUUCGUGAACACUUCCAUGUCUGCCCAGCAGAGAAUCGAACUCUACAGCCAGCUUGCGGAAAAGCCGCGCGACGACCAGCCAGCCCUGACCUUCCGCUUCAACUACUGA